AUGGUCAGCAUCCAAGACUUGCCCACUGACAUCCUUCUGGAUCUGCUCUCUCGGGUCCCCUGCAGGGAUCUGGUCCGCAACUGCCGGCUGGUUUGCUUGCAGUGGCGAGAUCUGGUGGAUCUGGCAACGCUGUGGAAACGCAAGUGCUUACAAGAAGGUUUCGACCCUGAAACGCCAGGCAGGAGUGUCCCGGACUGGAAGAUCUUCUACUUUCUCUGUAUUAUGAAGAGGAACUUAAUCCAGAACCCCUGCGGUGAAGAGGGCUUCAACUUCUGGGAAAUCGAGUCGCACGAAGGAGACAAGUGGCGGAUCGAAGAGCUGCCCGGAGCUCGGAGAAGGGACUUUCCCCACCAGCCUGUCCCGAAAUAUUUUGUCACAUCUCAAGGGCCCUGCACGAAGCAUCAGCUCAUCAGCUUAAGGAAAGAAGGUUACUGGGACGAGCUGAUGGACGAGACCAAGCCAGAUAUCGUGGUGAAGGACUGGUUCCAUUGCGGUUGCCCUUGCCGGUACCAGCUGCAGGUGAAGCUGCUCUCUGCCAACUUCAGAGUCCUCCAGGAAUUUUGCCCCAAAGAUGUGAUUGUGGAGCAGUGUUCAGACAGAGAGUGGCGCGAGGUCUCCUACACAUUUCACAACUACCCUGCUGGGGUUCGCCAUGUGGUCUUUAAACACGGAGGCCAGGGUUGGUAUGGCAUUCGAAUCACCAACAGCAGCAUCACCAUCGGCCCGGAAACUGGAGAGUGA